GACAACGGAGAUGGGCCACGGAAUCAUGGACUCCGGAGCUACGAAGACCAUCGGCGGCAUCGAGGCGGUGGAGGCUUUGAAUGAGCUGCUCAUCGCCAGGGGUCAUCCGCCGAUGGAGGUGGACCUGAUUGACCGCCCAGUGUACAAGUUCGGGAACGGCGAGGUGAAGCGGGUCCUCUGCCGGGUCAAGUUUAAGUUGCAGGUCAAGGGCGUGUAUGUGUCUUUCCUGGUUCAUGCAGUCGACGCUCCGGGGAUUCCCAUUUUGGUGUCCAUUGAGACGCUGAGGCAGCUCGGAGCCGUGAUCGACUUCGAGGCCGGCAUCGGCGUCUUCAAGAGCAUCGACCCGCACAGGAUAAUUUCUUUCCAGAGGUCCAGGACUGGCCACCUCCUGAUCGACUUGACGUGCGAUCUCCUGGGCGACGUCGGGGUCACCGACAGGCCGGGGGAUUGCAUCUUGAGCCGUGGCGUGGCUUCGCUUUCUAGCCAGGCGCCGCUACCAGCGCUUGGAGACACUGACGAGGAGGCGCCAGAGUUUGCGCCAUGUUCAGGCUCCAAAAUGGGCUCCGAGUGGGACCUCGAGGAGCUCUGCGGGAACCCGGUCUACUACCUCCUGUUCGAGACGGGCAACUCUCGGGACCUCACAGAGUGGUUCGAGGGAGCGUCUCUCGAGAUGCACGGUCACCCUCACACCUCGACGAUGCGCAAGGCCGAGCUUCAGACUGAGCUAUGCCAGUGGGACGAGGACUGCCGCCACAUGACGGUGGAGAUGCUCCGUGCCAGACUGCGGCAGAUCCACAGGGCGAUGCCCAUCGAGAUGAGGCCGACGUCCAUGCACAAGAAAAAGGCGGAGUUGGUGAAGGACGCGGAGGAUGUCGGAUGCGUACUCACAGGCAAGGAGACAAAAGGGGACCUGCAGAUCCUGAUCGUCGAGAGGUGCAAGGAGCUAGGUGUCCAGGUCAGCCCCUCCGAGAUCAUCCCGUUCGGCAGGCACCGCGGCAAGACGUACCUCCACCUGUUCGAGAAGGAGCGCGAAUAUGCGGGCUGGUUGGUGAGCAUGAAAGACCCGAGGUUCAAGAAGCUGACCGACUGGUUGAUCUCCAAGGGUGUGAAGGCCGAGGACAUGAUGAACAAGGAGAAGUUCGAGCUUCCGCAGCCGGAGGUGAAGUACGAGAAGUCGGAGAGCCCAUGGUUCGUGGUCAAGGAUGUCAAGGAAGAGAGCGCACAGAGGAUCCCGAACCGUCCGACGAUGAAGAGGUCGUGCCGCGAGGAGCAGGUCAGGAUGGAGGACGUCAAGACCAGGGAGGACCAGAUCAUCGACCUGCUGGGGGACAUGAAGAACCAGAUGCACGCGCUGACCUCGAGAGUGCAGAAGGCGACCUGGCUGGCGGGGCACCUGGACAAGAGCGUUACGCCGGCGUGGUCGCUCCUGACGGACACUGCGAAGGUCAAGCUAAUGGAGAUCUGCUGCUCACCAGCAUCGGGUCUAACCACCUUCAUGGAGCAGGUUCUGCAGAGCCGUAAGAAGUCCAAGAGGUUGAUCAGGAACUGCCUGACCCUCGUCAUGGAUCAGGUGGCAGAUCAAGGACAUGUACACUGGGAGUGGCCGAAGGACCUCUCACCUUACCGCUGGCCCGAGCUCCGUCAAGUUUUCAGAGACGCUGAAAUGCAGCCCACGGUGUGUGACGGCUGCAUGCUCGGGGUCAAGGCCAUAGACACGGGUUUACCGAUGCAGAAGCCGUGGGAGAUUUGGUCGACGUCCAGUGUCCUCCGUCAGCGUCUGGCGGUGCGGUGCGAUGGACGCCAUUCUCACUCUCCGUGCGUAGGUGGAGCCAGGACAGCGGCCACGGCCUACUAUCCUGACGAGUUCGUCCGAAGAGCAGUCAGAGCGAUGCUACACGAGCCGGGCUACCUGGAGAUCAAGCGGCACAUCGAAGAGCAGGAGGGUGAGAACGACCUGGAGCUGGGCUACGCAGUCUCGAAGUCUGACGCAGAGAUCGACGCUGACACGCUCAGAAAGGUGGAGAUUUCAGCUCGACGUAUCCAUGCAGCGUGUGGUCACUGCCCGUUCGCCCAGGUGGCUAAGUCUUUGGCAGCCAAGGGAGCAGACAAGCGGAUCAUCGACCAUGUCAGGCAGAUGCGUUGUUCAGCUUGUGACGAGAGUCAGAAGCACUGUCCGCCUCGACCGGUGGGGUCAGCUGACGAAGUUCCGAAGAAGUGGGCAGUGCUUCAGAGCGAUCUGGCUGAAUGGGAGGAUCCAUGUACUCAUGAGAAGUUUAAGAUUGUCCUCUACCUGGAUAUGGGAAGCCGACUGGGAGUAGGUCAAGCUCAUUGGCAGAUCGGCGGGGUCGAGAGGCUCAUCAGUCUCAUCAAGGAUACCAUGACGGUGUUGGCGAAGGAGCAUCCUGGAAGAUCAUGCGAGGAGUACCUGGCCAGGGCUAUGGCCGCGUACAACGAGUUCGACCGACACCGGGGUUUCUCACCUCUUCAAGUGGCACUGGGACGAGCGCCAGAUCUAGAUGGUGCGUUCGUCGACGUUCCGGGUGACCCGAUCAACCUUCCAGCUCUGGAAUCAGAGGCCGUAGACACAGAGUUCGGGAACAAUUUCCAGCUCAUGAGGAAGGCUCAGGAGGAGCUCUUGAGGUGGAUUUAUGGCGAGCGAGCUAGGCGUGCAGCACAUGCCAGAUCUCGACGCCUUCGAGUCUACACACCCGGCACCCUGGUCUACUACUUCAGGAAUCCGAAGAGCAGCUCUAUGACUGGACGUUUCUACGGACCCGCACGCGUGCUGGCGAGCGAGACUGUCCACCGGCACGGUGAAGCUCAAGCUCGACCGAGAGUGUGGCUAAACGCGUGUGGGCGGCUCAUCAGGUGUGAUCCGUGUCAGCUGCGAGACGCUUCGGAUCGCGAGAUUGCCGAGCAUGACAUACUGCAUGGAGCUGAACUGCCGUGGACAUUCAACCAACUCACGAGCAACCUGAGACCAGGCCAGUACGAGGAUCUGGCGGAGGACAAGUCAGCCAGGCAGUUGGCGAAGGACGAGAAGGAGCAGAGUGCAUUGCUGGUCGAGAGCGAGUCAGAGUCUUGCUUCUGGGCCAAGGAAGAUAGCGCCGUCGAGAUCGAGAUCACUCUUCCGGAAGGAGCCAGGGCCUGCACGGCAGUGCGAGACCUUGGAGCUUUCGUGGCCACUCAACUGCGACGACAGAGAGCUGAGGUACGAGAACGAUCUUUGUCGGCUGACGACCUGGCGAAGUUCAAGAAAGCCAAGUCCAAGGAGGCACAGGAGUGGAUCAAGGAGAUGGUCCUGGAGGCUUUGCCCGAACAUGUACGAGUGCCAGCCGAUCGCCUCAUGCGGCUUCGGUGGGUCCUGACGUGGAAAAUCGAUCCAUCAGAACCUGGCGGACGAAAGGCAAAGGCUCGUCUGGUUAUCCUAGGCUAUCAGGACCCCGACCUGACCACCGAGGAAUCAUAUGCACCAACAGCCACCCGGACAGCCAGGCAGGUCUUCCUCCAGAAGGCGGCACAUCUACGAAUGCGGGUGGCCAAGGGCGAUGUCAAGUCGGCGUUUCUACAGGGUGAGGAUCUGGAUCGUGACCUAUUCGUGAGGCCGACCGGAGAUAUCGCGGAGUUUCUUGGCCUUCGACCCGGACAAGUGGCAAUCCUCAAGAAGUCAGCGUACGGUCUGGUGCAGGCUCCUCGGGCGUGGCACCAAGCAGUGAACAAGAAGUUGCAAGAGCUGGGUUGGCGACAACUGGAGUCAGACCCGUGUGUGUGGAUCCUGACGCGGUUCAUCUCUGAUGGCCAACCUGAGUACAUCAUCGGGAUGGCGUUGUCACGUGUUGAUGACUUUCUGUUUGCAGGUCGUGACGGAGAUGAUGUGUGGGCUCAUGCUAAGAAGUCAAUCAUGGACGCUUUCCGAUGGACCGAGUGGGAGUACGGCAAGUUCACGCAGUGCGGGGUGGACAUCUACCAGCGCGAGGACUACAGCUUUCGGUUGGAUCAGAAGACCUACCUGGAGCAGAUCGUGGAGAUCGAGGUGCCUCCCGACCGGAGGCGACAGCCAUCGUCGCCCGUCACAUCAUCAGAAAAGAGUCAGUUCAGAGCGGCCACGGGUAGUCUCCAAUGGAAAGGUACGCAGACAGGGCCAGACAUCCUAGCAGAGCUGAGUCUGUUGCAGAGCAAGACAGAGUCGUGCACCGUAGAGGACCUCCUGAAGGUAAAUAAGUUGAUCAAGAGAGCCAAAGAGGGUAACAACAGAUUCCUGGAGGUGUUUUCGUUUCCCGAGAAGGAGUCGUUGGCGGUCGUAGGCUGGGGUGACGCGGCGUUUGCGAAUCGAAUCUUCGAGAUCCCUGGGCCCAAGUUCGACGAGUUCCUGGGUGUCUGGUCACGGACUCGAAAAACCUGUACGACAGAUUGA